AUCACUACCAUCACCACCAUCACCACCAUCACCAUCACCACCAUUACCAUCACCACCAUCAUCAGAUGGAACCAGUCCGGUGGUGAUGGUGACAAAUUGCUGUGAAUUACAACAGCGUUGUACUGAAGGCUCUGCGUCGUUGUUGUUGUUGGGGUUGUGCCCGGAUGUUGAGCACAGCGUCAACACUCAGAUGGACUGGGAGAGCGACGAAUCACUCAGACUGCAGAUUCUGCGUGAAUUUCCUCAAACUUCCGGUGAUGGUGAUGGUGGUGAUGGUGAUGGUGGUGAUGGUGAUGGUGUUGUUGGCUACACCGCGGCUCUCUCGGCCCACUGCCUGGAGCUUGUCCGACGGUUCGGGGUGGCACCCAACUCAGCGCUGGUGAUCGGUUCUGGUCUGGGUACCACAAGCCUCCAUCUGUCAGUUGCCUUUAAUCGCGUGCUGGGGAUCGAUUUCUCUGCUCGCUUUGUGACUUCUGCUGAGCUCCUCACAGCCCAGCUGAGGAAGCAGAAGGUGGACGAGGUGGUGGACGAGGUGGGUGACGAGGUGGACGAGGUGGACGUGGUGAGUCACGAGGUGGACGAGGUGGGUGACGAGGUGGGAGGAGUCCACCACCUCCCGGCCACUCCACCCUCACUCCUGGAGUCGAUCCUCAAGCAACAACAUCAACAACAUCAACAACAAGAACAUCAACAUCAACAACAACAACAACAUCAACCACACAGUGUCAGCUUCAAGCAGCUGACGUGGAUCCCGAACGAGGUUGGAGUUCACGACCUCGUGCUGGUCGACUUCCUGGAUCGUUGCCUCAACCCCACAGCAUGGUUGUUGAGACUGUGGGAGUUGUUGACACCACGUGGUGUGGUGGUGGUGUCUUCCUCUCUCUGGGACGAGAAGAAACUUCUGAGAACUUUCACAAAGUUACGGAAACCCAUGCGACUAGUUGAGGCGUUCACCCUGCGUUGGAGAGAUGCUGGCACAACCUCCACAACCUCCACAACAACCACAACAACCACAACCACCACAACCACCACCACCAGAGUGUCCGUGUGGAGAAGUGGGAAAAUCUCAGCCUUCAAUCAGAUUCAGUCUGACCUCAGCCACUGACUCGGAUUGGAACUCGCCAAGAGGCCUCAACAUGAUGAUGAUGUUAGUGAUGGUGAUGAUGGUGGUGAUGAUUGUGGUGAUGGUGGUGAUGGUGAUGAUGAUGGUGGUGAUGGUGGUGAUGGUGGUG